AUCUAGCCAUCGUUAAAUCCCAUACCAUUUAAGUUUCACUAAUUCAGGCAUCCCCUAAUAAGUGAAAGUCAAAGAAGAAAGUGAAAUAUGAUGGAGACGUCAAUGAGAUUUGGAUUGAUGGCUGUAUUUGCUGUAUCUGGGAGCAUGGUCUUGUUGGUUCAUCAAGUCCACAAGCGCCUUCUCUCUAACUUCAUGGAGAAAUUUGAGUUUGAAAUGGGUGUCCUAUGCCCACAUGCCAAAAGUAAUGUCACAGGGUGCAAGAAAAACCAAGGAAAGAAGAAGGUGCGGUUUGCAAAACAAGUGUUGGAAGUUCCAAUAGAGAGCAGAGGUUGUUGUCGUAGAAAAAUCACAUCAUCACAAUUGUCUUUCUUGGCUGAGGAGGUUUCUGUUUUGGAGAAAAUUCAAAAAUGGAGGCGUGGCCCAAGUUUAGAGGACACCAUGCCUCCUAACAGGGCAGCUUUAUAUAGAGGGAUUCUCAAAUGUAAGAAGGGAAGAUUUCGAUGUUAAUUUUAUACUCUCAUCAUAAUUAGAUACAUGGUUUUAAAAUAGCCAAUG